AACCAACCUUGAUUCAAUUAAAUAACAAAAAAAUGAGUAAACUUUUAAAGUACGAGGGGUUUAAUUACCUUAGACAAAGACUUAUUCUCGCCACUUUGAGUGGUAAACCUGUUCGUAUCGAAAAGAUUAGAUCUGAUGACGAAAAUCCCGGUUUGAAAGAUUUUGAAAUGAAAUUUCUCAACUUGUUGGAAAAGGUUACAAAUGGUUCUGUUAUCGAAAUCAGUUAUACAGGUACUUCUAUCCUUUACAGACCAGGAGCCAUUGAAGGUGGACGUAUUCAACACGAUUGUGGCACUGAUAGAAGUAUCAGUUAUUUUUUGGAACCCAUGAUUGCACUCGCACCUUUUUCAAAGAAACCCUUUGUUUUAAUAUUGGAGGGUAUCACCACUGAUCAUAUCGAUCCUUCAGUGGAUAUCAUUCGUACAGUGUUAUUACCUCAGUUAAAGCGAUUUGGUGUUGAUCAAAAUUUAGAGCUCAAGAUCACAAAGAGAGGUGCACCACCAUUGGGUGGCGGUGAAGUUAUGUUUACUUGUGUGCCUGUCCGUCAAUUAAAGCCUAUCCAAUUCACUGAAGAAGGUCGUAUUAAACGUGUCCGUGGUAUUGCUUAUUGUACUCGUGUGUCACCCCAAACAGCUAAUCGUUUAGUCGAAUCUGCUCGUUCAUUAUUGAACAGAUACAUUCCCGAUAUUUAUAUCUACACUGAUGUCUAUAAGGGUGCUGAAAGUGGUAAAUCACCCGGUUUUGCAUUAUCGUUAGUCGCAGAAUCCACCACAGAUGUUUUAUUAUCUGCAGAAAAGGCUGCUGAGCCUGGACAAACACCCGAGGAUGUUGGUAUCAUUGCAUCUAAAAUGUUACUUAAUGAAAUUCGUAAGGGUGGAUGUGUCGAUACUACAAGUCAAUGGUUAAAUUUAUUAUUAAUGAUUUUGGCCCCUGAGGAUGUUGGUAAAAUUAGAGUUGGUGAGCUUUCUGCAUUCACUAUCCAAUAUUUGCGUGAUCUGAAAUCAUUUUUUGGUGUAUCAUUCAAGAUCCAACCUGAUAAUUCUAAUGAUACCAUCGUCAUGACAUGUAUGGGUAUCGGUUAUGUUAAUCAAAACAAAAAGACAACUUAAAAAUAACAUUUGUACAAAAUAAAAUAUAUAUAAUUUUCCGAG